AUGAACCCGUACAUACUGUAUCAGGGGGGGGGGGGGAGGGUGCCAGGGAGGUGGUCUCGGGCCCCCACUAGCCAUGGUUCUCCUCUGCCGGAACCGCGUCUCGCUGGGAGUUCUUGUCAACCUCAACUCUGCGCGGCUCUCCGGUAUCUUCUGGUUCUCAGGAGUCGGCGCUCGAACGACCCAACGGUGCGUCCGGCUCGGCCGAAGUCCAAGCGCCCUAGCCGCCCUUCUCCGCCCUGCGCCCUUGACAAGCGCCGGGGCUGGCUGAGUACUAACUCGACAACUCAGUCCUUUCAGUAG